UCUAGGGUUUGAAUUCAGGACCGCAUGCUUUCCAGGCAAGUGAUCUACUACAUGAACCAUACUCAUAAGCCUUUUUUGGCUUUAUUUUUUCAGCCAGACUAUGGAAGCCACUCCAGGCAGCCAGUCAGGGGACAGCUGUGCAUUGGACCUACCAUCGGCUUGCGACCUAAGAGAUUAUAUGCUACAGAGACCCAGCCAGGAGGCCAACAAUGAGGCACUUAGUUCUGUGGAAGUCCAUUCUUUUCCUUACUCUUCUGAUGUGGAUCCAGACAGCAGUAACCUGAAUAGUGAACAGAAGAACUCCUGGACUUCUGAGGACUUGUGGCCAGACCCUUCUUUGAAAGGCCAGGCAGAAACCAAUGAAGAGGAUGCUGGGCUUCGGAAAUCCCUGGAUAGAUUCUAUGAAGUGUUUGGACAUCCACAGCCAGCCUCUGGGAAUCCACUCUCUGCGUUUGUCUGCCAGCACCUGUCCAAGAAAAUCCCUGAACUGAGGGACCAGGAGAGCCAGAAAUAUGCCCUCCGCAGCUUCCAGAUGGCACAGGUCAUCUUCAACCGGGACGGCUACUCAGCCUUGCAGAGGCAUUCCAAGCAUGCACACUUCUACCCUCUGGGAGCAGCAGACAUCUCUCUGGAUGAUGAAGAGCCCAUCCCAGGGCUAUCAAAAGAUAUCAUUUGUUAUCUCUUGAAGCACUGCGUGAUGACAGACCCAUAACUGGUGCUGAUGCUGAGAGCAAGCAGUACUGAAGAUGAUGUGGAUGCCUCCCUCAGAAUCCCUGGGGGUCUCUUGUCAAAUGUUUGUCCCCAGCCCAAACAAAGAUAAGUGGUUUAUAAUUAAAGGCUGGCACCUGUGA